AACGCGACCCUAACUUGCAGCCCUAAAUCACAAAUAACCAUUUAUCUUAACCAUUUCAAAUUCAAACAAUCCAAAACCGGAUUGUAUCCCAGGGUGUCCCAGUAUCGGGCCAAAGCCUUAUUCCUCGAUAGCUUUCACAGCCAGAAACCAGAGAGACAGAGAGACAGAGAGACGAUGACAACGACUGCAAGCGAGGAGGAUUUGCUUCUGAAGAACUUCUUCGCCGAAGUCAGCGAGGUGGAGAGGGACAACGAAGUUGUCAGAAUUCUUGCAUGCUUCAAGUUAAAUGCCUUUGAGUAUCUUAACAUCCCCUUUGAUUCUUCCCCAGAUGAUGUGAAAAAGCAAUACCGUAAGUUGUCUUUGCUGGUUCAUCCUGACAAGUGCAAGCACCCACAAGCUAAAGAAGCAUUCGGAGCAUUAGCGAAGGCCCAGCAAUUAUUACUUGAUCCUCAAGAAAGAGAGUAUCUUCUUAGCCAAGUUAAUGCAGCAAAAGAAGAGCUUAGGGCAAUGAGGAAGAAGCAGCUAAAGAAAGAUAAUGCCUCUAAAAUAAAGUCAUUAGUUGAUGAGGGAAAAUAUGAGCAAGAAUAUGAACGAUCAGAGGAGUUCCAAAAACAACUAAAAUUGAAGGUUCGAGAACUACUGACAGAACAAGAAUGGCGACGGAGAAAAAUGCAGAUGAGGAUAUCAGAAGAGGAAGGUAGAUUGAAGAAAGAUGAAGAAGACACAAAAGAGAUGUGGAAAAGAAAGCGUGAGCACGAGGAGCAGUGGGAAGGAACAAGAGAACAAAGGGUUUCCAGCUGGAGAGAUUUCAUGAAGACUGGAAAGAAGGGUAAGAAAGGAGAGAUCCGACCGCCAAAGCUGAAGACAGAAGACCCCAACAAAUCCUAUGUUCAAAGGCCAGUGAAGCGAGGUUAACUGGCAUGAUUUUUUGCGUUUGGAUGGGCUCUGCUCUAAAGCUAUAAACAAGAUUUUUUAGCAAUCCAUGUUGUGUCUAUAAAAUAAGUUUUAUUGUUCUCUUUUACCUCACUUAAUCACAUUCCUCUCCAUGGAAGAUAUUGACGAGGACAAUUAAGGAGAGAUUAUACAAUGCAUUUAACAAAUUUAUGUCUAGGAAUUUAGCCUCCUGAAGAAUCACUGUUACUUCUGCUA